GUCAGAGAAACCCCCCCCGCUGACAUCACCCCCCUCGCCCCCCGCCCAGCGCGGCUGGCACAGGAAAAGGGGGGGCCGGGGGGGGACGUGGGACUAUAUAGGGGCCGGCGGGGCUGAGCCAGGCACCGCGGAGCCCGACAGCCCCACGGUCCAGACCCCCUCGAUCCCAGCAUCAUCAUGAGCCCUGUCGCUUCGAGCCGGCUGCUGGCGGGAGCGAUCCUGGUCCUGGCACUGGGGGACCCCACAGCCGCCUGCAGCUGUGCCCCCCAGCACCCCCAGAUGGCGUUCUGCCAGGCCGACACUGUGAUUCGGGGCAGGUUCGUGGGGGUCACUUCGCUGAGCCACAACAACAGCCGUGGGGAAUCCGUGCCGUGGGUCCGCCACGAGAUCAAAACCACCAAGAUCUACAAAGGGUUUGAGCCACCGGCAGACGUUCACUUCGUAGAAACCCCGACCCUGGAGAGCGUCUGUGGGUAUCAGCCCCCGGCCCCCCUGAAGGGGGAGGAGUACCUCAUCAUGGCUGUGCGGCAGGGUGAGCGCCUGACGGUCUCCACCUGCUCCUUCGUGCGCCCCUGGGGGCGCGUUCCCCCCAGCCAGCGCCGUGGGAUCAGCCAGGCCUACGGAGGGGGCUGCGCCUGCCAAGUGGUGCCGUGUAACUCCAUGCCCUGCGCGCUGUCUGGCGACGCCCAGUGCCUCUGGACCGACGGGCUGCUGGACCGGAGCUGGCAGGGGCCCCAGGCCCAGCGUCUGGCCUGCCUGCCCCGCCCCAGCCAGGGGGCACCCCCCGGGGCCGACCCCUUCUGCGCCUGGGAGACCCUCAAGAGCAGCCUCCCCGGGGCCCUGCUCAAGACAGCCCAGAGCCAAGGGCAGUGACCCCCCACACCAUGGACUGGGAUGUGUGACCCCCCCCUGUGCAGAGGCAGGACCAGGGGUCUUCCCGGAGUGCUCUGCGCUGGGGGGUGGGGCAAAAGCGGGGGGUCACCCCCUUUCCCCAUCUCUGUGCCCCCCCCGCCCCCGCCAAGCUUGGGCUCUGUUAAAAGUGGUUUCCUGAGUUUUUGAUUCGUAAAUAAAGAAAUUGCUGGGACUCA